CCAUAAUGGCAAAACAUCAUCCAGGACGCCUUGCUGCGAUUGUGGUGUUUGUUGUGGGCUUUGCGAUUAGUUUGGUGUUCAAUGGGCUCUCUGUGGUUGGAUUGGGUCCGUAUAAAACCACGACAGGCAAUGUGUCAGCUGUGUUUGACACGCAGAUCACACCCUCAGGAUGGACUUUCAACAUCUGGAGUGUCAUCUAUGUGUGGCUGACAGCAAUGGUCAUCUACAUCGUCACUGGACUUUGCAGAAAGAACGGUUAUGGCUAUGUCUACUGCAGCCCUCCAGUGCUGCCUUAUGGUUUCUUCGUGAGCUGGUGCAUCAAUCUGUGCUUCAACAUCGGCUGGCUGAUCGUGUGGGACAGAGGGAUAAUGAUCGCUGCACUGGUUUUCCUCAUCCUGGUCAUUUGCACAAACUACUCCAUGAUCUCCUUCGUCUGCCAUGGACUUCAUCUUUAUGGACCCUGGCUCAAGAAGUACCACCACGCAGACCUGUGGUGCUACCGUGUGAUUGUUCAGAACGGUAUCAUGGUCUACACAACAUGGACCACCAUUGCAACACUGAUCAACCUGACAAUUGUACUGACUUAUGAAGCAGAGAUGUCUCCGACAGAUGCUGCCACCAUUUCCUACUCUGUUCUGGCUGUUGUACUGCUUUUGUGGUUUGUAUUAGAAAACCUUGUGCUUGACAAACACGUGCGGUACAUCCUCAUCAUCUACCCUGUUGUGAUCUGGGCGCUGUGUGGAAACAUGGACAAAAACUAUGACGCUGCAUCACCCAGCCGCAAUGGCAUCUUCAUCGUUGUGCUGCUGUCUUUAGCCUGCGUGCUGUUCGCUCUCCGCAUUAUUAUUGUGAUUUGGAGACACAUCAAACAGCCGCUGUAUGAAGAUGCCAGUUCUGAAGCCAUGGAGCCCACAGAGAUUGCUGAGAAGCAGAAGAAGAUAUUCCGCUGAUCAGUCAAUGAUAUAACUCACUGACACUUGAUAUCAGAGAAAGGAGUUAUUCUCUAUGUGUGUUGACAAUUAUGAUUAAGAGGUUUUUUAUUUAAAAUCUUGAUAGACAAUUCUGAAUUUCUGAUUGUAAAGUAUGAUUUGUAAUGUUGUCAAGUAUAUAUAACAGAGACUUCAACUCUGGCUAACUGAUCUCUGAACCUUUUAUGGGUCUUUUCUAACAUAUUUAUUGCAAACACAACUCAUUAGUAUAUGAUAAGGAAACUAUUACAGCACUGUUAUCACCCACCUCCCUGUAAAGGCUGUAUGUUGUAAACAUUUUCCAAAGUUUACAGAAGGAUUGCUUCUCAUCAAAUGACGGUUUUCUCAUUUAAACUGGACAUAUUUAUUUUAAUUAAGUUUUAAUU